AUGGCGCCGAAGGAGAGAAAGCUGGACACCCACCAGUGUGCGAAGAUUGUUUCCCGCAACAAGAAUCUGUGUAUAGAAGAUCACAGGUUCCUUGUAAGAACCAUGGUUAAUUCAGGCCUUGGUGAAGAAACUUAUUGUCCAAAAAGCAUCAUAAUGGGUGAAGAAGAACACCCAAAACUUGUUGAUUCCGUAUCAGAAAUAGAAGCCGUGUUCUACGAUACGCUCGAUAGAAUAUUUGCCAGAUCAAAAAUUUUGCCAUCUCAAGUUGAUAUACUUGUGGUGAAUGUAUCGCUACUCUCAGCGGUGCCAUCUCUAACGUCUAGAAUCAUUAAUCAUUACAAUAUGCGAUCCGAUAUUAAGUCGUUUAAUCUGUCAGGAAUGGGGUGCAGUGCAAGUCUAAUUAGCGUCGAUCUGGUGCAACACUUGUUCAAGGCUCACAAGAAGAAAAUAGCCAUUGUUGUGAGCACAGAAUCAAUGUCGUCUCAAUGGUACUCUGGGAGAGAAAGGUCCAUGAUGAUCUCUAACUGUCUUUUCCGGGUAGGAGGCUGUUCGAUGCUUUUAACCAACGACAGCGCUCGCAAGAAUCAGGCCAUUUUGAAGCUCAAAUGCUUGGUUCGAACCAAUUUGGCUUCGGAUGACGAAGCCUUCCACUGCUGCAAGCAGUCAGAAGACGCUCAAGGAUAUAAAGCCAUUUAUCUCAGCAAAAUUCUCAAAACAAUUGCUGCUCGAGCUUUGACGAAGAACCUAACAGUGCUGUUACCAAAAGUGCUUCCACUUUGGGAGAUAAUUCGUUAUCUAUUGUUCAAAUCUAGUUCGAAAAUCAACCUUAAAACUGGAAUCAAUCACUUCUGCUUACACCCAGGUGGAAGAGCCGUGAUCGAUGAAGUGGGUGAAAAUUUAGGGCUAAACGAGUAUGACCUUGAACCAGCUCGAAUGACGCUGCAUCGUUUUGGGAACACUUCGUCUGCUGGGCUUUGGUAUGUUCUAGCGUACAUGGAGGCCAAGAAAAGGCUGAAGAAAGGUGACAGAAUCUUGAUGAUCAGCUUUGGUGCAGGUUUCAAAUCCAACAACUGUAUUUGGGAGGUCAUGACCUCAGACUUGGAUCGAACAAAUGUUUGGAAAGAUAUGAUCGAAAAUUACCCUCCAAAGAAGACCAUAAACCCUUAUCUUGAGAAGUUAGGAUGGAUCAAUGAUAAAGCUAUGGAUUUUGACACACCUGAAGAUAUAAGCAAGAUGUUUGCAAGAUGUUAA